CUAUAGAGCAGAGGUCACCAAUUAGCAGUUUUGCUAAUUUAAACCCAAAAUUGGUGAAUUGAAUUAUUUGCAAUUCUGUACUGGACAAAUCAGCUGUCUUGGAGAGACUAUUUAGGAUUCAUCAUUUCUUACCUUUACAAAGUUUUAUGGCUGCCAACUUGAAAGUUAAUUUUCUGAACUGCACAUAACUUAUUUCAUUUCACAGCCACUGGCUCCUGAAACCAAUUAUUUUGGCACAUUUGAUUGUUCAGACCUUUCCUUGGAAAAUUUAGUGACUGGACCUCUUGGAACUUGAAUUGCUGUUAAAGUGAAUAAAAAUUGCACACUUAAAGUGUAGUGUGACCACACCUUCAGUCUGUCCAUUCGCUGCUACUAACCACUGGACACAUUUUCCACAUUUGGAUUCCUUUGUAAUUUCAGAGUGUUUUCUCUUUUGAUUUCUUCCUUAACAUGUGACAUGUCAGGAUAGUCUUUCCGUAAUGCUUUGUGAAAAAUCAUGCCUUGAACUCUUGAUUUUACUGAAUUGCAUUCAGAGUUUUAGGCCUGGAAAAUACUCUAUGUCAGACUUCAACACUUCUAGCAACGCAAGCUUAACUUUGUUGCGUUCCAAAACGUGUCAGACCGCAAUUCAUAUAGCAAUUCAAGUAUGCGUUCAAAGGGUUGCCACAAGGGGCGCUGUAGUGGUCAUUACCGCAAGCUUUUCUUCUACAGCCAGUUUCCAUAACUACUGUUAUGGUGGAAUAAGUUUGAAGAGAGUCCUGCUGACCAGGGACUAAAAACAAAACAUCUUUCAUUUCGCUUAAUCCAAAGAAGAAAUAGUAGCUUUUCUUAGCUUUUGAAAAUAAAGUUUUCAUUCCAGAACAAAUAAAACAGAAUUUGUUCUCGUUUUUGGUUAUGUUCCGAAAAAAUUAAGAAAAACAUUUUCCUGAACAGUUUUUAGUCACGGUUGCUGAGCAAGUUACCUAAUGCUGAAGUGUGUAAUUUCAAAUGAAACUGCAAAAAUAAUGCCUGUUUUCAAACAGGUUUCCCCACUUCUGCCAUUGGCAAUACAAAGAGAUAGUUCGCCCCAAAUGCAGUCGGUUAAGCCAAUGUUGCCAUGUCUUACUGGUUGGGAUACUCAUACAAACAGAACAAUGUUUGAUAGCACGACACCCAUUUUAGGGAAAUCAACCUACAAAUGGCUUAUUUAUAGUUGUCUCUGCAUUUUAAGUUGGGAUAAAAAAAAUAGGUGUAUUUCAACAUCAAAUAAAUUAUGCACUUCAGCUUUAAAGUCCAUAUGUUGAUAGGUAGCUACCUGAAAUACAACAUAUCCCAUUUAAUAGUGCAAGCAUCUUAAGGUAACUCUACCGCCCACAGCAACGCAAGAGCGCACCCAAGUAUGUUUAACCAUGCAAGAUCAACCGAUUUUCACCUUUCGCGUCUAGCAAAACAUCACCGAAACUGUAUUGUGCGAGAUGGGUGCUUGUGGAGACUUGACUGAAUUUAGAGCUUAAUUGUGAUCAGUUUAUAAAUACUUGUCAUAUUGUCAUCAAGCUUUCUCUAGCUGAAACUAAUCUCCUCUCUAUCUUGUUUUCCUUUCCUCCCUCUUUUGUUUCCCUCCUGUCCUUGUUUCCCUUUUCUGUUCGUUUGUCUUUC